AUCGAGAUCAUCCCUCCUCGAACAAACCAACCUGGAGCUUGAGCUUCCUUUUCCAAACUACGCUGUCGUCUCCAUGGGGACCCACUCACACAGAGAGCUGGCAACCACCUCUCUGCCAAGAAGCAAAAAUAAGGGAACACACACGACCACUCACUCUCAGCCACCAUUGUCUGUUUACUGAGUGAAAAUUGUUCCGCCAUCUCAGCCUGUGCAUGAAGGAUUGAAUGGCUCUCUGUCGACUAACUGGACAAUAGACCGCCUGUUCGCUUUUCUCUCGGUGUAUUCCUUCCUGGGUGUCGGAACUUGCCACUGAUCUUGAUGGCUGGGCACGAGUGGGAUGACUGGUUCGAGAGGGAGGAAUUCAUCGGGCACAUCAGCGACAUGCGAGUGCAAAACCUCCAAGUUGAGAGAGAAGUGGUUCAGAAGAGGACCUUUACUCGAUGGAUGAAUCUACAUUUAGAAAAGUGUAAUCCACCUAUUGAAGUCCAAGACCUUUUCCAAGAUAUUCAGGAUGGACGUAUCCUCAUGGCUCUUCUGGAAGAGCUCUCUGGGUGCAAGCUGCUUCAGGGGUUCAAGAAAUCAUCCCAUCGAAUCUUCAGACUUAACAAUAUUACCCAAGUUUUGUCUUUUCUUGAGGAGCGAAAUGUAAGGCUCGUCAGCAUUGACGCUGCUGAUGUUGUCGAUGGAAACUCAUCCGUCAUCCUGGGACUGAUCUGGAACAUCAUUCUCUUCUUCCAGAUUAAGGAGUUGACUGGCAACAUACGGAGCCAGUUCCCCUCAACCUCCACCUUGUCGUCUACACCUACCAGCUCUGACAUAUCCAACGGCAACACAUCAUUGGCCGGAAGGCAUAUGGCAGCCGCAACCACAAGAGAACAUGGCAAAGCCUUCAAAAAACUGCUGCAGUGGGUACAGAAACAAACACGCAAGUAUGGUGUGACAAUUCAGGACUUUGGGAAGAGUUGGACAAGUGGUCUUGCUUUCCUUGCAGUCAUCAAGUCCAUCGACCCCACCCUGGUGGAUAUGAGGAGGGCCUUGCUAAGAAGUGCACAAGAAAAUCUGGAAGAUGCAUUCAGGAUUGCCCAUUACUGUUUGGGUAUCCCGCGCCUCCUGGAGCCUGAAGAUGUGACGACCAACGCACCAGACGAACAGUCCAUCAUGACAUAUGUAUCACAGUUCCUUGAGCACUUCCCUGGCAUAGAGGAGCGAAAGGAGCCUAACCCUUUCAUCGAAAGGAGUAUCUCUAUGGAUCCACUCGGCUUCUGUGACCCUGACCGUGCAACCCUGACUCGUAGCAUUGUGAAAGAGAGAUGCCUCAUGUUCCAGACGGACUGUCCACAACCCUCACCCCAAAUCUUCUGUUCAUUUAUGUCAGAAGACAAAGGGAGCAGUUCACCAUCCAUUCAUCCAGCAAUAUCUUGUACGUGGCUUAGUGAAGACUCCUUUGCUGAUUCGACCUGCAUGAAAGACAACUUAAAUAGGACGGAAGAAAAUGCUGAACCCCCAGAAGAAGUCUUAUCCGAGACAACCCCUAACUCCCUACAAUUAACCCAAAGUCAGUCUGGCUUUGACUCUCCGUCGCUCGAGUUGAAGAAAACUGAAUCUGUCAUGGACGAUUCUGCUAUCAGUUCUCCAGAUUCCUGGGUAGAGAGUGAGGAUGGAGUAGUUCCAGUGAAAUGUUGUCAGAGUCUAAGUCGAAGUUCAUCGUGUGAUUGGGAUAUGGACUGCGCAACCCAUGUGCACAUUACUUCUUUUGGUGGCGGAUCUGUUCCCAUUACAUGUGAACUUCCAGAUGACCAGUUCAUUACAGACUCAUGUAUAGAUGAAGGUAUUUUUUCACUUAACUCUGAUGAUACACAGGGAAAAGUCCUUGGAAAGGAAAUCGAACAAAAAGAUUGCAAGGGAGUUGCAGAAAAUAUGGAGGGAGAUUUCAAGAACCAUACCAAAGUCUUUUUUCCAAAAGUUAUAUUGGAAACCUCAAACGAGAACAGAGAUUGUCAGGUUCGACAGACUGAUGCUAAUCAUUUGCUUCAAGUUGAAGCAUCCACAGAGGAAAAACUUCCGGUAAAAAGACCAUCAUUAUUUGUAUCUGACUCUCAAGAAACAGGUGAUGCUACCAUAUCCGGUGCACAUCCACAAACUGAACCACAACUCUGUUCGAAUGAAGAGCUUUCAGAGUCAUUUAGUGUGCCAACAAGUCCUUGUGAAGAACAGGGAUGUUUGAAGCAAGCCACGGACCGUGUGACGGAUUCACAGAUUGAUGAAAAAAUAAUUGAUCAUCAAACUGACAAAAGAGUUGAAGUGGAAAAUGAAUGUUACAAAAUAGAUUGUCAGUCGAAACAAAUGGGUCCAAAUUCUUUUGUGAAAGAUGAAGAUGGCGAUGAGCCCUUAACUGCCCCCUGUGACACAGAAAAAUAUAUGUCCUCUGGGGAUGCCCAUCAAUUGGAAAGUGAUAAAACCAACCAAGCCCUGUGCCACAACAAAAGUGACCUGGAAUCAUACUCUCACCAGCAACUUGAGCAGCAGUCUAGUGGUGUAACAUGCACUGAUGAGGAGAUUUUUUUCAAGAAAACUACAGACCAUGCUACUGAUUCACAAGUUAUUGAAAGGCAGUUUGACUGUCAGCAAAGUCUUGGAGAGGUAAAUGUUGAUGAAGUCAUUCCGUUGGAAAAAGAAUGUAAGAAAACACUGUGUUCAUUGCGGGACAAAAGAAAGGAGGAGGCCACAGAAAAACCAAAUAUAUCAAUUGAUGUGGAUGAAAGAUAUUGGCCAGAUCUUCAAGUAAAGUUGGAAUCAAACACCCAAGAUGGAGAUCCGAAAAUAAGAACAGACCAGAUAUCAGGUUGUCCUGUGAAUACAGAAGACAUGUCCUCAGAUUCUCAAGCAGCCAGACACCAAAAUGAACAAAAUGAGCCUCCACAGAAAUAUCAGAAAAUCGACUUAUGUAAUGACCCACUUGGUACAUCCAAGGAAAUCAAUGACUUUUCCACAGACCCCAGCCAUGGAUGUGACUCUAUCGAGCCUUUGGAUUGUUUUUACCCAAACAGAGAGGAAGCCCUGUUUACAGAGCCACUUAAUACUCAAAUGCAGAGCUGGCCAUUGGUUUUGAGUUUAUCACCACUUAAGCCAGCUCCAGCUUCUGAGACAGUACCUCAAGAUAAGCCACUUUAUUUGAUGGAUGAAGACGUUGCGAAGUUGUUGAAUGAAGACGGCCAGGUAAUGACUGAGAUCAAACAUAAGACUUGCAGCAGAUCUGAACUCAAAGGACUGUGCCAGUUGCCUGGGGGGCAAAUCACAGACCUUUCAGAAAGUAUUUUCCCACCUGACUGCAGUGAUCUAAGUGAGGCUCAGCAAGAUACCCGAGACCCUUCCAGGGAAAACACAGAGACUAUCAGAGACGGCACAAAAAUUCCCAGUCAGAAUGAAAUCCCGAUCCCUCCAGUCCUGCGUCAAAGGAGGGGAAUUUAUUUCUCUCAGAGCAAUCAGAUGACCAUGAGGACAUUUUCAAGAAAAUAUAAGAAUGGUGACUCUGAAUUUUGCUGGAGUGGGAGCUGGGAGCCUUAUCUGCUCUUUGUUCUCUGGCUGCUGCUCUACUGCUUAUGGCUGUUGCCACAAAUGGACCUGAAGUCUUUGCCGAGUCUGCUGUUCAACAUUAACCACUGAAGACACUCAACCCUCACGCGCGUGCGCACACACACACACACAAAUACACAUUUUUUGUUCUGUGUUUGGAUUAAGAAAAAAUAUAUAUACUGCACAGCGUUGUUUUGUAGCCUUACUCAACUCAGUGAAUGCAUUUGACAAGCUUUUUUCUUUGUUGGCUUUUGAGCUGGCACAAAAAUGAAUGGCUUUACAGCCAUAACUGUAUUUUUGAGUCUUACUGCCAAUGAAUGAUUGUUAUCCAAUUCUUAUUUUUCCACAGGAUAUUAAUAAUUAGGGCAACUGUGAUUCAUCCUUCAAGCCCCGUUGGAACUUAGGACAACGUCACAAUGUUAAAUGAUCGCGUUACAAUGACACGUUCUAAUAAUAUGAGAGCAUACUGGAGUUUCCUGACUAUUUUUACAAGCUGUAUUCCAGAUGAGAGACAAUGAGAUUGUAAAUAGAAAGAUGAGUUUCCAAAUGCGAUAGAUAUUUUGAUUACAAAAUCUAUAUAUAAAGUCUACAGCAAAACAAAAAGUAGUUUAAUUUAUUUGUUAACUUAGAAUAAGUGUGUGGAGCAGUAUUGGGGCUGAGAGGAGAUUGAGCCAUAGUGCUGAGGAUGAAGUGGAAACCAGAUCUGCAAUAUGUUUUCAGUGCUCUGUGCAGGCCAGUCACGUUCUUCCACUUUGGCGUAAAAAAAAAAAAAAAUGCUUUUACUGUACGAAAGGGAAUUUGUUUAUCUGUCACUGCCAUGGCAACACCAAACCACAUUAUUAAUUGGUCUAGAAUAUUGAAGUUUUAUCGGUACUUUCACCUCUUGUGCAAGCUUCGGCACUAGCACACAGCUGCAUGGUGAUGUUCUGUUCUAAAUGCUACUGCAUGCUUCAAAGAUCAGUCAAUAACAAUAGUGAGUGUCGUUAUUCUAUUAAUUACUUUUGUUUUUACCGGCACAUUUAUCUGUUGACUUUGCUUGGUAUUCAGCUGACAAAGAGGAUGUUUACUGCUCUAAAUAUGUAUUUACCACGAUGGCUUUGAAGCAAAUUACAAUGGUUCUGACUCUUGUCAGUCAAUGGAGCUGAAGCAGGAUUUGUUUUUAUUGUUUUUUGUUGUGAGGUUUUUUUGGCUCCCCAAGAGUCCGUAAAACGUGUUUGGACCUGCUUUGGAUGUUUGAGGAAGAACGCACAACUUCUAACAGUGAGAAUGUGUUUGAUAUGUAAUGAAACCUUUGACUAAUCCGUGGUUUGGUUUCUUAAGAUGAAGCCUUACCAAAUUCCACAUAUGCAAAAAUGGAAUUACAAACCAUUAUUCCAAUGAAGUCGGAACAUUCUGUAAAAUGUCAAAACAAAAUACAGUGAUUUGCUUAUCCUUUAAAAAAAAAAAUAAUAAUAAUAGGUCACAGAAAGUAGACUAUGCUUGGUUUAAAAAUCUCCAUUUUUGUGCUGGGGCAAGUCUACUUUAUGGUGGUUUUUCAAUUUGGUACUGCGUAUUACUUGGCGUUCUGGGGACAGAGAGUGUCUUCUUUUACACGGCCCCCGGUGCAUCACAAAAAGUAGACUAGAUUUUAGACUCGGUUAAAAGUAUGUCUAACUCCUGGGGGAAGUGGGGUAACACAAUUUUGGUGUAUUUGAUGGAGGUGAAGGCAGACGGAUUGGCGCUCCGCGGACGUGAGUGGUGGAUGUCACAGGAUUUCAUUCAUAAUGAUGACAACAGCUUGGACAAUUCCUCUGAAUCAUUGCAGAAAUCAAUUCAUUGAAUGAAUUAUAAUCAUUACCAUCUUAAAAAAAAAAAUUAAAAAAAACACAACUCAUAGCACCCCCGUCACUCUGGGUCACACAUGGAUGCACAGACGGUUGUGGGUGCAAGCUGGUCUCCAAUCGCCCACAUCACAUGCAGGGCCGGUGACAUCAUCUUGCAGUUUACAGGCCAAUAUCAUGCACAGACCCUAGUGAGUUAAUUUGUGCUUUCGUAAUGUCAGUCAUGGCACACUCGAGCAGACUGCGUUUUGACCAACUUGAUUUUAGUGCAAAUGAGGGAUGCCGCCAAAAGUCUCCUUCCAACUCACAACGGCGCACAAAGGCACACAUGCCUUGUUAUGCUCAGUUAGACCCGUGCAUAGUCUAGCAAAAUACCAAAACAAAGAACAUCACCUGGGUGCACAGUUAGACUUGCGCUUUGCGCUAGAAAUGAAAAUAGGGCCCCAUAUAUUACAUUUGCAACACCCAAAUAUACAGCCUGCUUCUUUGGGCCCAAGCCCAUCUGAGAUGAACUGACACCAAUUGAAAAUGUGUGCUGUGGUGGUCUGACGAGCGCACGUUUCAAAUUGUUUUGGGACAUCAUGUCUUCUGCUCCAAACAGGAAAAGGACCAUCUGGAUUUUAAUCAAUGCAAAGUUCAAAGCCAGCAUCGGUGACGGUAUGGUGGUGUGUGACCACUUGCAUUGGUAACUUAGACAUCUGUGAAGGCACCAUUAAGGCUGAAAGAUAGACACGGGUUUUGGAGCAACAUACGCCACCAUUAGAGAAUUUUUUUUUUUUCAGGGACUUAUCGGCUUAUUUGUGAAAAAAAAAUUCCAAGCCAUAUUCUGCAUGUGUUACAACAGCGUGGCUUCAUAGUAAAAGAGUAUGAAUACUGGACUAGAAUGAACUGCCAGCAGUCCAGACCUUUAAUCCUUUGAACACGUGGCGCGUUAUGAAACGCAAAAUGUAACCAUGAAGAUCCUGGAUUGUGGAGCAAAUGAAGCCGUACAUCAAGCAAGUGCCAUUCGUCUACAACAUUUUCAACAAUUAGUGUCCUCGGUUUACAAACACUUAUUGAGGGUUGUUAAAGGAAAAGUGAUGUAACACAAUUUUUUGGGGAAUGGGUUGCACACAUAAAAUUCACAAUGAGUGAAUAUUUGCAAAAAAAGGAAAUCAAUAGUUUUUCAAUUUGAUCAAACAAUAUAUUGUCUUUGUCGUGUAUUUAAUUGAACAUAUGAUGAAAAGGAUUUGCAACUAAUUGUCUUCUGUUUUUUAUUUAUGUUUUGCACAACAUCCGAAUUUCAUUGGAGUUGGGGUUUGUACAUUUUCACCACAAUGAUAAGGAUACAUUUGAUUACCGUUAAGUUUCUUUUUCACAUCUCCUGGUUACUUACUAGUGAACAUGAUUUGUUCAAUGUCUGUUUUUCAACCUGUCUCAAUAUUAUUACUGUACUCAUUAAUUGCCUUGUUUGAAACACUCAAAGCAUUUUGGUUACUUAUAUACAGUACACACUGUCGAGACAGAAACAUUGUCAUCUGUUUAAUAUUUGACUAUCUUCAUUGUUUUGAAAACAAAUCUUUUUACUUAAAACAUUUUUGUGUUUUUUUCCUAACAUUGAGAGAAAUCAGCAUUCGUACAGUAUGUCAGUUCUUGACUGGAUGGUAGUUGAAUUCAAGUAAAAAAAAAUAUCUGUCUCUAGUAUGGUAUAAGUUAUUUAUUUAUGUUUAUAUUUAUCUUAUAUUCUUAAGUUAUGGAAUUUAAACAUAAUUUAACUGUCUCCCGCCUGAAAGCCAACGUUUGGAAUAGGAAUGAAAGUCCUAUUUCUAAACAGUACCUGGAAUACAAUUCAGCGCUAUGAGAAAAAAAUAUUAAACAUCCCUUUAUUUUUCCAGUAAAAUGCUGAGUUAUCAAGCACAUUUUAUCCCAGUGUCCAGUGUGUAUUUGAAAUUUGUGUUCACUCUUAACUACUGGGAAAAUACAGAUCCUAAGAACCAGAAGAAAGCCCAUGUUGGUGAGUAUUUGCAAGUCCACGAGUCGUAAGAAACAUUGUAUUUAAUCAGGACCUGGAUGGGAAACAUGCUUCCGCCUGAGAGAGAAACUUUAUCUUACAUUCAUACUGGAUAUUAUGGUGUAGUGCACACAGAAUUUUAUCAGAUCUUUUGAUGUCAGUAAUGUAAACAAAUAAAAUACCUUGAUAUUA